UCUCGAUAUUGUUUGAGAGUUCAAUUGUAGUGAAACUUCGUUCGGUGACAACAUAGAAUGUACACCAAAAUAUGAAAAUACAAACUAGGUGAGCCUAUUUCACAACGCGCAGCAGCUGAUAAAUGAGAUCCGGUUUGCGUCCAACAGGAAGCCAGGAGAUGUUGAUGGCGCCCGACUAGAAUGCCGACGAAAUAAUCAGUUACACGAAUACGUAUUUAUUUCCCUGUGAGUACAGCGAAGAAGACACGGAAGUCCGGAAUUCACGAUGGAUUCCGAGGAGAUCGAGGUGGAAAGCAGUAGUGAUGUGGGCCCCUCAGGACGGGAGGAGCCGUCGGAGAGUGGCAUGGGCAUGGAAUCGUCAGAGGCCAUGUCUGCUGACAGCAGCGACGCUGCUGCCCCGCUGGCCAUGGCUCCAGAGUCAGACUGCCACGUGGGACAAAGUUCAGAGGGGAUUGUGGUGUUCAUCCCAGAGACGAGCUCCAGCACAGAUGUGCACGGUGUCCACCUGCCUGACUCCUCCUCUGUCGCCCAGUCCACCAGCGUGUCCAGCGUCUCCACGGUGACACAGUCCGUCAUGGUGUCCGGGUCGGCCCAGGUGGUGGUGCACUCAAGCGCAGUGUCAGACGGAGGGAUGAUGGUGUCCGACUCCACAGCCUCCACGUCCUCCGACUUGGGCUCUGCCAUUGACAAAAUUAUCGAGUCCACCAUUGGCCCUGACAUUAUGAAUGGAUGUAUCGCUGUGACGAGUGCAGAAGACGGCAGUGCUGAGACCACACAGUACUUAAUCCUACAAGGACCAGAUGAUGGAGCUCCCAUGGUGGCUCAUAUGUCAUCCUCCGCCCUGUCCAGCCGCAUUGCCAUUGAUGCUCUCGCAGACGGACCCACCUCCACCUGCUUUGACCAAUCAGACAUGGCGGAGGGCGUUCGGGGCAGCAGCCUGGAGCCGGAUCAACCGGACCAGACGGGUCACUGUGGCUACCCAGAGCACGAGGCUGGCAGCAGCAGCAGCAGCAGCAGCCGCAGCAACCGACCGGACCAGACCGGGGAGGCGCAGUACAUAGAGUGCAGCAGCGAGCAGUCUGAUCGUCCCCGGCUGUGUCGCUUCACAGACUUCAGUGUGGACAACUCCGACGAGCCUUUGCAGGGCUACGUCGAGUGCAGUGGCACGGACUCGUCGCCCCCCCAACACCACACCCGCUAUGUGGUGGAGUGCAGUGCCGGGUACCUGGAGAGCAGUGCGGCGGACGACGAGGAGCGGCCGCAGCACUCGAGCUACAUCAGCGACAGCAGCGUGGGCGGCUCGUUCUCCCAGCGGGGCUCGCACUACGCCGAGUGCGUCACCACGGCAGGCCCCGACCAGCCCGGCUGCUCUCACUACCAGGAUCACGAGAGCACCCAGCCGGACCAGCCCCAGGACUCGGAGGACGGGCCGCAGCGUUCAGGGUAUAUGGAGUGCAGCACGGGCCGGGGUUCCCUGUACGCGGACGAGGGCACGUCGCAGCGCUCCCUGGCUGACACGGCAGGUAGCAGCAACCUGCCCGAGCGGAUGGACUGCAGCGAGAGCCAGUCGGGGACGUACAUCAGCAGCAGCGGCACCUACUCCGCGCAGCCCGAGCAGGAGGCGGCCCCGGAGUGGUCCCCCCGCGGGGAGUCCGGACAGCAGGCCGACGGCGGAGUGGUGGAAGAGCUGGGGGUGGAGGGGGGACGCAGGGACCGGGCGCCUAACCUGGCGGAGCUGGAGGAGAUGAUGGAGGUGGUGAUCGUGCAGCAGUUCAAGUGCAAAAUGUGCCCCUACAAAAGCGUCUCGAAGGACACACUCAUUAACCACAUGAGAGACAGACAUUUCAAGCCCACUGGUCCUCCACCAAAAAAGCGGGGUCGAGGUAGACCUCGGCGCUCUGAUGCAGUGGCGCGGCAGGUGGUGGCGGUCAAGGUGGAAGAGCCAGCAGAGGAAGAGGACGAUGACAUUGUGGACGCUGGCGCUAUAGACGACCCUGAAGAGGACAGUGACUACAGUCCCGCAGAUAAAGAGUACCGCAGCAGACAGGCUCCACCUCAGCGCCAAGCUCCCUCCUCCUGCCCAUCCUCCUCCCAGGACAGACCUCGACGGAGGGUUGGGAGACCAAAGAAAUUCGGCAACUUCUACGGCAGUCAGGAAGCAGAGAGUGCGUCUAAAACCAAGGGGAGCGUGGAUCCUCAGGCCUCUGAAGAAGCUAGUUCCUCUGGGCUGGGGAAUGGAACCACCUCUUUGGCCAAUGGGAGCCAAGCUGAACCUGGGGUCAGCCAAUCAGAUUCCGAGAACAAAGACCCAUCAUCAAACACCGGGCCUGAUGAGGCAGAGUUUUAUCCAAGGAAACGUGGUCGGCCCUCCAAGAGGUUUCUGCGGAAGAAAUAUAGAAAGUACAUCAAUCGCAAUAGGUAUUAUAAAUCGCUGAAACCCCUCCUGAGACCCCAUAACUGCUGGAUCUGUGGCUCUCGUUUUCUCUCUCAAGAUGACCUCCGAUUUCACAUUGAAUCGCAUGAAGGCAACGACCCGGAGCGCUUCAAAUGCCUUCAGUGCAACUAUCGGUGCAAGCGCUGGUCUUCACUAAAGGAGCACAUGUUCAACCAUGAGGGAAUCAAGCCAUAUAAAUGCGACGAGUGUGACUACACGAGUGUGUACAAGAAGGAUGUGAUCCGGCACUCAGCUGUUCACAACAAAGACAAGAAAAAGAAGCCAGAUUUGGUGCCCAAGAUGUCCCAGUUCCCUUGUCCGAUAUGCCACAGAGUGUACCCCAUGCAGAAGCGCCUGACCCAGCACAUGAAAACCCACAGCAAUGAGAAGCCACACGUGUGCGACAAGUGUGGGAAGUCCUUUAAGAAGCGGUACACUUUUAAAAUGCACCUUCUAACUCAUAUCCAAAGCUGUGGAAACAGCCGGUAUGAGAAGACGGGGUUUAAGUGUGAGUUUUGCGACUACACGUGUGACAACAAGAAGCUCCUGCUGAACCACCAGCUGUCUCAUACCAGCGACAAGCCCUUCAAAUGUGACUACUGCAAAUACUCGACUACCAAAGAGGACUUCCUCGUGUCUCACUUGGCCAUCAAGCACACGGGAGAGAAGCCCUUCUCGUGUGAACUGUGCCACUUCAUGACCAAACACAGGAAGAACCUGCGGCUGCACGUGCAGUGCCGGCACCCGGAGGCGUUCGAGGAGUGGAGCCAGAACCACCCGGAGGAGCCGGUGCGCCGACGCCGCCGGCCCUUCUUCACCAUACAGCAGAUCGAGGAUCUCAAGCAGCAGCACGAGUCCCAGGGCCUCCAGAACACCAUCGUGUCGGUGGAUCCGGUCACCCUUCAGGCCAUGCACAGCAUUGACAACGCCUCUGUGGCCCAGGAUGCAGAGGGCAACACCACCAUCAUCUAUGAGCAAGUGGGCUCCUCAGACCUGUCGGCCCAGAAUGCCCUUGAUCUGCUUCUGAACAUGAGCAACGCCCGUGAACUCGCGGGAAACGCACUACAGGUUGCGGUGCUAAAGCCGGACAGUAAGACCCUGGAGCCGGGCACGUGGGUGGAGACAGAGGAGGGCGCCCAGGCUGUUUCACUGCAGUCCCAGAAGGUGGUGACGUUUCACGUGGCGGAGAACGGGGAGACGCUGGUGCAGGAGGCCUUCGAGGCCAGUGUCGGAGAGGCAGGCGGGGGGGAGAUCACCCAGAUCGCCAUCAGCGCCUACGAGGAAUCGGGCGACUUCAGUGUGGUGGAGCAGGCUGCCGAGGAGAUCCACAGCACCGACCCAUCAUACAGCAGUGCAGAGGAACUCCCCACUGACGCUCAGGCCAUGGAGGUGAGCAGCGACGGCGUGUCUGACUCAGGACUACUCAGGGAGCACAAAGACAAGUUCUACCUGAGCUCCAGCCUGACCGACGGUGUCAUGCAGCAGGUGGAGCUGAGCAGCGAGGUGUCGGGCUCUCCCUGCUCCCGUCAGCAGCUCAACACCAAGAGGUUCUCCUGCCGCAUCUGCAUGGAGUCCUUCCACGGCCGCUCUGACAUGGAGAACCACAAGAGGGCGCACAUCGACCCCAGUACCUUCAAGUGUCCCGACUGCGAAUUCACCGCCUCCUCCUGGCCAGAGGUCAAGGCUCACAUGGCGCUGCACUCCUACCUGCGGCCGCACAAAUGCACCAGUUGCAGUUUUGCCUCAAAGAACAAGAAGGACCUUCGGCGUCACAUGAUGACCCACACCAAUGAGAAGCCUUUUGCCUGUGAUCUUUGUGGACAGAGGUUUAACCGCAACGGGCACCUAAAGUUCCACAUGGAGCGGCUGCACAGCCAGGACCCUCCGACUCGCAGGACCAGGCCGGGCACGUCCCAGACCAUCAUAGUCAACAGUGACGAGGAGGCCCUGGCCACCCUGCAGUCAGCCUUGCAGGCGGGGCAGACGGUGAUCAGCUCUGAGCAGCUGCAGCAGGCCCUGGGCCAGGACCACAUCAUCGUCUCCCAGGAUCAGUCACUCUCUGACCAGGAGGAAGCCACGUAUAUCCAGCAGAUCACCACUGUGGACGGGCAGACAGUCCAGCACCUUAUGACCGCUGAUAACCAGGUUCAGUACAUCAUCUCCCAGGACGGAGUCCAGCACCUUCUCCCCCAGGAGUAUGUGGUAGUGUCUGACGGCAACCACAUUCAGAUGCCAGACGGCCAGAUUGCGCAGAUCCAGUACGAGCAUGACGGCACGUUUCUGCAGGAGCAGCAGAUUGCACUGACUCAUGACGGGCAGAUUCAGUACGUGCCUCUCAGCUCCGAGCAGCAGAUCGUCAGCCCCGAGGACCUGGAGGCUGCGGCACACUCGGCUGUCACAGCUGUUGCAGAUGCAGCCAUGGCGCAGGUACAGACUGUCUACACCACUGAGGCUACGCCUGAGCAGCUGGAACAGAUGCAACAGCAGGGCAUCCACUACGACGUCAUCACAUUCUCUGAGGACUAGAGACACACACACACACACACACACACACACACACUGCUUACUGACGGACUUUCUGUACAUACUGAAGCGACGUGGGCCUGCAUAUACAUAAGCACUCUGUUGCUGAGUCCCUGUAUACAGAGCGGACCAUAAGGGGCUGCCAUCAUUCAUUUGAUGGGUCGUUUGUAAUAUAGAUGGAGCUUUUUUUAUUCUUAAAAAAAGUCCACCACUUGCUUGUGGCUCUUAUUGUACAGCACCCAACAUAUAAGAGGCUGAAUACUUUAUGGGAUAAGGAUAAGUGACUUUGUAAUUAUUUAAAAUGAUUUAAUUUAUCUACAAACAUGUGCCUGAGCUGCUUUUGACUUUCGUGGACACAGAAAAAAUUUCUAUUAGCCGACAUAUUUUGUGAUCAAGCUUUUUUUUUUUUUGUAUGUUCUUUUAAAUGAUUGAAUCGACUACAGUAGUACUAUGUACUAUUGUUCUGUGUGGAUCCGUAGUCUCAGAGAUCCAGAGAUGAUGAUGCGUUUGUUGUCUAGGCCUUUUGGUCAAGUAUGGUUUUUUUGUUUUGUUCUGUUGUACGUGUUGCAUCUGUUGCAAAUGUGUUCCUCACUAGGAGAAGCUUUGCUCGCGAGUUGCUAGAGAUAAAAAAAAAAAAAACGGAGUGAAGUUUAACCUGAAACCAAAUAAAUCACUUUACAUUGUCA